AUGGACGCAGGGACCGCAACAUCGCUUCCGCCCGAGGCCGUGGCGCUAGCAGCACGCAUGUAUGACGGCGCACGGACUGGUGACCUCGCGCUCUUUACGCAAUCUCUGCCGGCUGGUCUGCCGGCCAAUCUAACAAAUGAGAAGGGGGAUACACUGCUUAUGCUUGCCGCAUACCACGGACACGUCGAUCUGGUGCGCUUGUUACUUCAGCAUGGUGCCGACCCAAACCGGCUUAACGAUAAAGGCCAGAGCCCACUGGCAGGCGCUGUUUUUAAGGGUGAAGAUGCGGUUGUCACAGCGCUUCUAGAGGGCGGUGCUGACCCGGAUCAUGGCACGCCUACAGCCCUCGAGGGCAUCGUUCUUUUUCGGCAGGAGGAAAAGUGGAAGGCUCUGUUUGAGGCAGCUCCUGGACGAGGAAAAGCUAGAUAA